GGAGUAGACCACUCGUGUAGCUCCAAAUCUCCAAUUAAGCAGCACGCUAGCUAAGCUAGAGCAAAGGACUCAAAGCGAAGGUGAGAAGAGAGAUCGAUCAAUAUAGUCGAGAGGCAGGAGGAAGAAGAUAGCUUUGGCGAUCAUGGUCUCUCCGUCUACGCGGCCAAGUCCCCUGCUUCUCCUCAUCGUCGUCUUCAUCGUCGUCUGGGCGAUCGCGUGCUCCUCGGCGGCGGCCCACGGCGCGGGCGCGAGACGGUUCCUGGCCACGGUGGGGGGCGGGGCGGGCGGGGCGUGCAACCCGGAGAUCGGCAGGGCGUGCUCCGGCGGGCGGCCGGUGCCGGGUCAAAAAAGGCAGCUGCUCAAGUGCUGCGGGCGCGCGUGCGUGGACGUGCUGGAGAGCUGGAGCCACUGCGGCGCGUGCGGGGCGCGGUGCGGCUUCGGCACCACGUGCUGCGGCGGCCGGUGCGUCGACGUGGCGCGCGACCCGGACAACUGCGGCCUCUGCGGCCGGGCCUGCUCCGCCGGGCUACAGUGCGCCUUCGCCAUGUGCGGCUACGCUUGAGCCAGCUUAUAUCCGUAUUUGCCACAAGCGCAUGGUUGACAAGUCGAGAUCAACUCUCCGAUCGAGCGAGCAAGAUCUCUCUGCUUCCGAGAUUAAUUAAGUGGAGAACUGUUAUAAACUGUAAAUUGGGAUCGAUAUUGUUGGUAACUUUUCAAUGUUAUAUACAUAUAUUGUGUCGUUGUGGUCCAACUUGUGAUCAGCCUGAUCUGAAGUGUUCGAACUUCCUUUUUGGUGCAAAACUAUGCAAGAUUAGUAGAAAUUUGUGUGGCAAGUGGCAAGUGAUGAAU